AUGUCGUCCAUUGAAAACCCUGUCGUCCCCAAGGGAUUGAUCGCUGUAAUCACUGGUGCCAAUGGCUACAUUGCGUCUCACAUUGCAGACCAUUUCAUUCAAAAUGGCUAUAGGGUCCGCGGAACGGUCCGCAACCCGAAGAAGAGUGCUUGGCUUGUCCCACACUUUGAGAUUAGGUAUGGAACAGGGAAGUUCGAACUUCAUAUUGUCCCAGAUAUGCAAGUUGAUGCCGUGUAUGAUGAGGCUAUGAAAGGGGUAUCCAUACUUGUGCACACUGCGACCGUCGUAGACUUCAACGGCGACCCAGCCGAAGUGAUUGGGGGUGCCGUCACGUGUGGCAUGGUUGCUAUCCAGGCAGCGUACAAGGAACAGAGUAUGAGACGGUUCAUUCUGACUUCAUCAGCCUCGACACUUAUGCCACUCAAGAAAGAAAACUUCUUUGCUCUUAAGGGGCAAACGGUGGAUGUAGAAAGUUAUAGCCACGACGCCAAAGAACUGGCUUGGGCACCUCCUCCAUGGGGCAUUGAACACGGCGGAGCGAUUUAUGGCGCAAUUGUUCCUGACUUCAACUUUGGAAGAAGCAUCGAGCCUUCUCAAACUGGAGGCUCAUCAUCAUUCGGCUUUAUCGAUGAUGCUGCUCUGCACGUUGCAGCGGCUAUUCUUCCUGAUGUCAAGGGCGAACGCAUCUUCGCGUUUGCCUAUCCAAUGAAUUGGGAUAUCGUCCUGGACAUCCUUCGGAGGCAGAAUCCGGGAAGGAAGUUUGCCGAUAACUUCCACGAUGAAGAGUACCCUGUCACAGUGAAGCCAGUUGCAAGGGCAGAAGGCAUUCUGAAGAGACUGGGCAGGCCUGGUUGGAUCUCUUUGGAGCAAAGCAUUGCAACGAAUACCGAGCACUUGCAGGCAACCAAGGAUGCAUGAAGAACACUCUCCAAGUGUACAAGUAACGUAGACGGAGAAUGAGA